AUAAGCGGUUCAGAACAUGGUGGAUGGAUUAUUUUGCUCCGCCCCCUCACAAGCGCCCAUAUGAGGUGAUCACGUGGUCAGCGGGAACCCAAGCAACACAGCGAAGAGAAAGAAAUGGCGAUGCUCGGAGGCUUCAGCUCGGCACAGCACAAGAAAAACGCCUCCGAAACCAACAGCGACGUGUCCGAGUUCCUCUGUCCCGUUUGUCUCGAAAUAUUCGAUAGUCCCGUCACAACACAAUGCGGCCACACGUUCUGCCAGAGUUGUUUGCAGAAAUGUUUGCGUCCACAGAAGCCCGCAUGUGCCGUGUGCCGGGCGGCGCUCGGCCAUUGCACGAAAGCUGUGGAGCUCGAGGCCCUGAUCCAAUCAUCUGUGGCUGCGUGUAAAGGGUGUGGAGCUCAGGUUGGCCUUUCUCAGAUGAGAAUCCACACAGGCGCUUGCCCAAAAUACCAGGAGUACAUUGAGGAAGGCGUUAGGACCACUGCCCAGAGCCAGCCUGCUAUCAUCAGUCCAGUGCCAAAUCGUUAUACUUUUACCUGCCCCUACUGCAACUGCCAGAACCUUGAUCAAGAUGGCCUGGUUGAGCACUGCAUUACCCAGCAUGCCCGCGACGCACGGCAAGUGGUUUGCCCCAUUUGUGCCUCCAUGCCAUGGGGGGACCCCAACUACAGGAGUACUGACUUCUUCCAGCACCUGAAGAUUAGACACACCUUUUCUUAUGAUACCUUUGUUGAUUAUUCUACAGAUGAGCACACAAUGAUCCAGGAGGCUCUACAGCGCUCCCUUCUGGACAACUGAAGUGUGAAGAACAUUCUCAAGGAGGAAAAGUGAGGGUGGAUGGAGAUGUGACGUCUUAAGAAGGCAGAAGAGCACGCUUGUGUUGUCAUUUAUUAGUCAUGAAAAGGUGGAUGGCUAAUGACUUUCACAAGAGAUUGUACUCUUGAGUUUAGAAGUUUAUUCUGACAAAAAUAAACCAUGCAACACAGUUGAAGAGCAUAUUGUCUGAUUUAGGUGUGUUGCUGGUGUGAUUGUCUCAUAUCUUCUUCUCCAGUGCAACUUGAAUAUUUACUUACCAACAGAGCAAUUCAGUAGUUAUUGAAAACGCGUCAAGCCCCGAACACAUCCAAGUUGCAAAUCACAUUCCCUUUUGUCGUUACUAGGGUAAGGUACUUCCAGUAGAAGGCUAACUUGAAAGCAAACCUGACUUCAAGAGUUAAUAAGUUUUGGGAGUUUCACACAUAUAGGGUUGUUCAGAGGGUAGGGGAAGAGUUGCGUGUGUGUGUACAGAGUUUUUCUUAACAUCUUAGUGUGUACAAUGUGUGUGUGGUCUGGAAAGGAAUAAUGUGAGGAAUAACAAACACUGUUUUCAUUGGCUGUCUCCCUUGUCAUUAUGCUCGAUUGUAGAUUUUUGUUGUAUUUCCCCAGUUUCUAAAGUCAUACUGCUAAUGGUUCACUCGACAAACUAAUGCAAGUGUGGUGUGCUGCGUCCGCCACAUGUAUUUUCAUAUUGAGACUGCGUGUUUUGGCCACUGGAGAGCAGUAGCGUUUCACACCUAACAGCCAAUAUUUAAAUUCCGAGGACAGUUAUACUGUGUACUGUACUUAAAUGUGCUCUACUGCUGCUCUACAAAUGAUUUAUAUUGAAUUAGUCUGACUAUGACAUACAUACACGUGCAGUUAUUGAUAGUCUAGCAGAAUAACAAUCGCUUUGCUUGUACACUUCUCAAAUGUAUCUUACUGUUUAGCUUUGUUUUGUCAUGUUCACCGUCUUAGUUGCUUGGUUCACACUUUUUCACUUCUGACUGAGGUGGAAAAUUUGUAAAAAAGCAGACAAAAACCACUUGUGCUUCCAAAAAGUGGCAGCAGAUUGUUCCACAACUACUUCAAAUUGUUUUGUCGCCUGAUGUCAAUACUGUUUGUGUUGAAUGGCCAUUGUUUUUUUUUUUUUUUUUUGCCAUGCACUGUUGUUCUCCAAUUACUUGUAUUAUCAACUAAUCUAUCAAAAGGUUGUCACUCUGCACACUGCACAAUAAACCCAGAUGAAGUAGCCGUCCAGCCUUA